AUGGCAGCUGCUCAGUCUGCAAAGGCCAAAUCGGCCUCCAAGGCCAACAAUGCCACACCCAAAUCAAAAGCACAGAUGCACCGUCGCUCAAGAACAGGUUGCUACACCUGCAGACUGCGACGAAAGAAGUGCGAUGAAGGCACACCCCACUGCACCGCCUGCAAACAUCUUGGCUUGCAGUGCGAGUACAAGAGGCCGAUGUGGUGGAGCAACAACGAUGCGCGAAGAAAGCACAAGGACGACAUCAAAAUGAUCAUCAAGCGCAAGAAGCUCUCCGAGAAGGCGUCGCACACCAUCCAGACUUCCGUCAACUCGCCUCCCGGUCUGUCGCACUCGCUGCCCACCUCGGCCACCUUCUCUGAUCCGCUCGACCGCACCCGGUCUGCCUCCAUCGACUCGCACUUCUCCAACCCCUUCAACUUCAACAGCCCACCCACCCUCGGUUCUGAGUAUGGAUUCCAUCCUCAGAUGCACCAGGACUUCAUGUUCGGUGCCUUCCCUUCGCCGUACGAGGUUGAUGUCAAGACGGAAAGACAGGUGUACAUGAACGACGUGCCCACCCUUCGCGAGUCGCACAUUUCCACCUUCAGCACCUUCCACACGCCCCCGCCACCAGGCACCAUUCUGCCCUCGUCUGUUCCCCUUGAGGGUGGCGAGUGGACCGAGCAGGUCUACUCGGAGCGCAAGGAGUCUCUUAGCGAGGAGACGUUGAACCUCAACUUCUUCGACUUCUCACACGGCCCUUCCAUGGCCAACAGGCAAGUCGCCAUUGAGCUUGAUGAGAACGACCAGCGCCUGCUGGAUCACUUCAUUCAGUUUGUCCUGCCCACCAUCUUCCCCAUCCUCGAGUCCAACCAGCACGGUUCCGUCGGCUCCGAUCUCAUCCUCCCUGCCCUGCAGAACAACCAAGGCUACCUGCACUGCUGCCUGAGCAUCGCCGCGCAGCACUACAAGGCGACCAUGAACCUGCCGGCAGAGGAAAUUGACCACGACAUCAUGCGCCACCGCUACGCAACCAUCUCGGCGCUGUGCGAAGCCCUCAACCGCGACGAGAACCAUCAGCAGAUUCUCGAGGCUGCGCUCGGCCUCAUCUUCUUCCAGUGCGUCGUUGGCCGCUUCGACGAUGCCCUUCCUGACAUCCCCUGGCACCAGCACUUCCAGGCUGCCAUCAGCCUCGUGCAGAAGCUUGAUCUUCCUCGUCUCGUUUCUGACGAGACCCCCGUCCAGACCCCUUUCAACAUGACCCUGACGGCGUGGAUUGACAUUCUCGGCGCCACUAUGCAGGGCCAGGCCCCGACCUUUGCCCACACGUACCGUGAGAAGCAUCUGUCACCCACCAACCCUAGCCUCGGUCUCCGCGAGCUCAUGGGCUGCGAGGAUCGCGUCAUGUACCUCAUCUCCGAGAUCGCCUGCCUCGAGGCUCUCAAGCACGAGGGCAUGGACGACAUCACCCUCUGCCAACACGUCCACGCACUUGGCGAGCAAAUCGGCCUGACCGAGGUUGGCGACACGAGCCCCAAGCUCCCCUUUAACGCCUCUGGCACACUCUCCCCCAAGCAGCUCUCUCGCAACCUCACAACGGCCUUCCGCCUCGCCGCGCGCAUCUACCUCUGCAGCCUCGUGCCCGGCUUCAACCCGGCCCAGCCCUCUUGCGUCGGCCUCGUUGAGAAGCUCACCACCGUCCUGCAGCACAUUCCUGCCGGUCCCGCCGGCUUUGACCGCAGCCUCGUCUGGAUCUAUCUCGUCGGUGGUUCCGUCAGUCUCCCCGACAGCUCAUUCCGCUGCUUCUUCGAGGACCGCGUUGCUGAGCUCAACGAUCUUGCCGUCAUGGGCUCCUUCGGUCGCGUCGCGUCCCUGCUGCGCGAGGUCUGGCACCAGACCGCCACCGUCAAGGGCAUCGACACCCCUUGA